AUUUCGGUAAAAAAAUAAAUAAAAAAAUAUUUACUCAAAAAAAAAAAAGAAAGCCAAGAAAAAAUGGCUAACUCUGGCACGCCCAGGGCAGCUUCAACUGAUGCAAACGGCUUGGAGCUGCAGCAGCUGAUAUCACGCAGCUACAAAUCGAUGAACAAACUAGUUCACUUCUACAAUGGCCAGCUGCACGAGGAGCUGAGCACUUUGAUGAGCUCCCUGCAGCAGGAGCAGCCACCAGGCCGCAACAUCAGUGAACACAGCUCGCAGCUGACGGAGGCACUCGACUUAAAGUGUUUAGCAGGGUUUAACAAACUCAGCCACUAUCUGAUGAUGCGGCCCAGUUGCAGCAGCCUCGAUCUGCACGGCAGUGCUGAAUUCAGGCAACUCUAGGCAACGCGAAAAUUAUUCAUAGAACUUACUUCCGGCUCACAAUAAAUCCCAAUAAAUGGCAUUAAAGCGCCUUGCAAUACACUACGAAUUCGAGCACACUAACUGACACUUCUUAUUAUUUAUUUUAUAAGCGAGUUUCCCUCAUGAGUAAAUCAUUUUAUUAUGGUAUUUAAAAAGUUUAUGCGAAUUAUAUACGUCUGUUCUAUGAAUUUG